UACAGCGAACCAUUUGUGGGACUCUGUCUCGCUUAAACCACAUUUAUUUGACCACAAUGUUUACAUUAUUUAAUUAUACAGCGGCGGUUUUAACUUCAUUGUCGUUUCUUGAAUAGUUGAAAUCUAACUUUCGAAGCUGCGGUGAGAUUCAGAAGAAACGUUUUAUGCAAUGCAUUAAACCAUCAAGAUUUUGAUUUCCUGCGAUCUAGUUACAGUACAUUGGACUCAUGGAAAGGAUUAUGUCAUAACAGCAUUCUCGUGGAAAUGGGAAAAUGGGAAUUGACAAUGGAGCCCGUUCAGAAGUGGGGUGAGGAGCACGAAGACGGGGCGGUUUUUGGGGUCACCCUGCGCAGAGAGCCCGUUCAACAGUCGGCCGAGCCCACCGAGGCUUUCGUUCAGUACAGGACAUGUAAGGUGCGCAGGUUGAAAGCCGCCACGCUGGACAGGCUGGUGUCUCACCUCCUGGAUCCCUGCUGUCAGGAACAAGACUACGAGAGGAUCCUGCUGUCCACGUAUCGCACCUUUACCAGCUCCAACAAACUCAUCGAGACGCUCUUCCAAAGGGACCACCUUGCCUCUGCGCUUGACAGCAUCAAGUACACUAAGAGCUCAUUGUGGACUUUGCUUCAGAUGUGGUUGGAGGAGUUCAGUGAGGAUUUUAGAGAUCCUCCCAUGCAUUCGUCUCUGCGUCUCAUGAGCUUACAGCUGAGGAGAUACACCGCUCUCUUCCCAUUGGCUAAACGCUACGAAGCGCUCCUUAAGAAGUUCCAGGUCGAAGUCGCUGUGGCCAGCGGAUCAACUGAUCAUGCAAAACAUCCGGACCUGGAUCGGGAGAAGGACUCGGAUCAUUUAUCCAGUCAGACGGAUUUCAUGGACUUCUCCGUAACGGAUGUGGCAGAGCAGCUCACUCGCAUGGACGCCGAACUGUUUAUGAAGGUGAUUCCCUUCCAAUGUCUGGGAUGUGUGUGGUCUCAACGAGACAAGAAAGAGAAUCUUUCUCCUACUAUAUGGGCCACCAUCGCCCAGUUCAAUGCCAUCACCAACCGGGUCAUCACCUCUUUGCUUUGCCCCUCGUCCAACCUAGUUUUACCUCUGAGCCCCGCCUCCAGAACCACACAUAGAGCCAGAGUCAUUGAGAAAUGGGUCAGAGUUGCACAGGGGUGCAGGGCGCUAAAGAACUUCUCUUCGCUCUGGGCCAUUUUGUCGGCCCUUCAAUCCAACCCCAUCUACAGGCUGAAGAAGACCUGGGCCGCUGUCAGCAGAGAGACCAUGUCUGUCUUUGAGAACCUGUGUGAAACAUUCCCAGAUGAGAACUGCGUCCUGAGCAGCAGAGAAAUCUUUGUGGAUGAUGGCAGCCAAUCUGACAUGGAUAACACUACCACAAAAACAUCCAAGAGAUGUCGCCUUACAAGACAAAUGAGCACCUCUGGAGGGAUGGUACCGUACCUGGGGACAUACCUCACAGCACUGACCAUGCUGGACACUGCCCUGCCAGACAUUGUGGAGGGUGGCCUUAUUAAUUUCGACAAGAGGCGAAGGGAGUAUGAGAUUUUAAGGCAGAUCCGACAAUUGCAAGCCUCGUGCUGUCAGUAUGUUUUAACCGAUCAUCCUGAGAUCACUGCAUGGAUACAGAACCAGAAGCUUCUCACGGAUCAGGAGAGCUAUGAACUUUCCAGACAGCUUGAGACGUCUCAUGACUCUUCUCCAUCAUCCAGCAGCGGCUGGAAUCACCGAGCUCUCACCAAGAAGCUCUCCUCGCUCUUGUCCGGGAACGAUGGAUCAAAAAAGAAUGCAGAUCAGAUCAGCCUGUCUUCCUCUGGAUCCAGCAGCUCCGAGAUGGAAGAGAUAUCGGCAUCUCAAACCCUGACGCUCAUGACAUUGUCUCUUUCCGGCUGCGGUCAGAACAGGACCGAGGCCUUACCCUCCCAUUCUAGGUCUAGUUCUUCCUCCAGCUCACAGCAAGAUCUCAGUCCAUCCUCAUCCUCCUCGGCAUCACCUGACCCUCACCUGGUCUCCGCCCACAAACGCUCUGCCUCUAUGACAUCACUCGCCUUCUACAACAGGCAGGUGGAUGACUCCUGCAUCAUCAGGGUCAGCAUGGAGUUCUGCAACAAUGGAAACAUGUACAAGAGCAUCUUGUUGACCAGUCAGGAUAAGACCGCGCAGGUAAUCCAGAGAGCUUUACAGAAACAUAACCUGGAGGAUUUAAGUGAGCAAGAGUUCACUCUCGUACAACUUCUGGCCCAAGGCAGAGAAUUGCAUAUUCCAGAGAAGGCCAAUGUAUUUUAUGCCAUGUCAACAUCCGCCAACUAUGACUUUGUUCUGCGGAAAUGCCCAAAAGGACAGAGGAAACAUCUCACCCGCUCUGUCUCACUGUCCUCAGGACGAUGAGUCUGGAGGAGUGAUACAAACACAAAAACUUUUCUUGCCAAGAUGUCUCUCAGACCCAAAUAGCUACGUAUGUCUGACAUGAAGAACAAAUCGUUUUUUCAGACUCUCUCUAUUUCGUCUUAUCAUAAUGAGACAAUGCAAGAUCAUCACUCCAGGUAUAUAAUAAUCCACUAGUUUUGUAUUGAAACACAAUCAGACACCUAGAGGCCUGGGAUGGGACGUUUGUGAAGGUCAGUUUCUAAAAAGCAUAUGUGAUGAUGGACAAUAAUGAAAAGAAACAUGAUCGGUUCACAAUGUUCCUUCUGAUUGUGUGUGUGUGUGUUAAGAGGUUACUCCCACAGUGUAAAGUGACGCUGUUGCUCCAUUUCUUGUUUACUGUCACAUGUGACAUCAUUUCAGUGUAGUUUUUAAAUAACUGCAGGUUUGAUGGUUUAUAAUGUGAGGUAGUGUAGUAAUAUUACUGUAUGUUUGAUGGCUCUUUUCACAGUAAUAUUCUUUAUUUCCUCUUUAAUCUGCAUUGAAUUCAAUAUAUGACUGUAAUUGGUCAAUCUGUGUUUUUAGAGACUAAAAUGUAAAAUAUGUAAAAUGUCUUACUGUAAAAGAGUACACUGUAAAAGAUAAAUAAUAUUAUAUACAUAUUUUAGUAUUAACAGAGUUUAUCCAUAUUUUCUUACAUUGUAAAUUGUAUGAUAGAGAAGCAAUGAGAUGUCAUAUUUAAUAACACUUGAAAGACUUUGUUUGAUUUCUUUUCCUUUUUUUGCACUCCAUGUAUUCCGAGCCCUUGUGACAUUUCACUGAUGAAACCGCUAUUUUUUGUCAUAAUGUAAAAACUUGAGAUUCAAAUUUGACGGAUCACUUAACAUAAAGCCCUGAAAACAAUGACUGAAUAAAUUCAAUCUGAUACCAGCCUGAGCGAUCUGAGAGUACAGAAAGAAGCUUAAAUAAUUGAAAAUCAUUGAUUUUGUUUUAUAUUGAUUAGGCCAAUAUAUAUUGCUUUAUCACUCAAUAAUCCCUUUGUUUUAGAGACGUUUUCCUAUGUGAUAUUGUGGUAAUAAAAAAAUAUUGUACCCAAAGGAAAGUUUAUUAUAUUUGAUGUAUAAUGUAAUAAAUUCAUAUUCAAGAAG